AUGUCGUUGCCAGCUGCAUCCUGGCCUGGGGUUAGUCCGUCGAUCGUCUGCUCCAUUCAUCGCGGAGCCUCUGCUAACUUGUGCGGUGCAGGACACGCCCGCCCCAUGAUCACCUUCGCCGCGCGACUCGUCCAGCUCGACCCGGACGUGUGCGUCACAGUUCUCGUGACUACCAGGCACUUCGACCGACUCGUGAAGGAGUCGACGCGCAGCUUCGAAGAGAGCGACGCUCAAGCGGCACAACGCCUCAGGGUCGUGUGCGUAGGGCCGGCUAACAAUAUGCUGGGAGACGGCCUUAUCGGGCCUGUCUGGAAGACACUGCUUGCCGGGGAGGGUCCUGUAUGUGCGCAAACCAGCAUUCGGCACAGUGCCUGGCCGAAACCGAACGCGGUCGUGCUUGAUAUCUUUGCUAUUGAGGACACCAAGACCAUUCGCUCGAUCAGCGGCUCCACCGUGAAGCUGUUUUCGUGGUGGUCUGGUUCGACGUACGCCUUGUUGCAUUUGUUCGGAGACAAGAACAUCGGAGGCCGCGGGGACGUCCAUAAGCAGAUACAAGAGGAGGUUGGUAGGUCCGGUCGCUCCUACAAGGAGGUGGCAAUGGAGAUGACCGCCGCAGUGCCGAGAGGAGAAGUGGUAGAGCCCCCGGGGCAUCCUUCAAUGUACGACUGGGAGCUCAGUCCCCAGGAUUUCGAUUUCCCCGAAGACAUUGUGCUGUCCGUAUCCACCUGGACCAACGCCUCUCAAGCAACAGUUGACGGGGUCAUCUCGAUCUCCUUCGAGUCCUGGGAACCCGAAGCGUUCAAGCUCGCGAGGCGAUGGUUUGGUGAAACGGGUCGUCCCGUUUACAUUGCCGGACCACUGCUCCCCACCGCGUCUAAGGCGACUGCAGCGGCCAACGAGAAGACACAGUCGGCGGAGAGUGCGUCGAUCCAGAAGCUCCUGGACGACACGCUUGCGCGUUCCGGAACGCAGUCUUUGCUCUACGUCUCUUUCGGAUCCCAGUUCUGGCCCGUCAGCUCCCCCGAGAAGGUUUGGGCGUUCCUCGACGUUGUGAUGGAGAUGGAGAUCCCCUUCAUCAUGAGCCACGCAUCUCCUAAGGCCGUCGUGCCCGACGAGGUGAAGACGAAGGUACAGGCGUACGGCAAGGGCAUCUUGUCGCCGUGGGCACCACAGCAAACCAUCCUCGACCACCCGGCGACCGGUUGGUACGUCGGUCAUGGAGGCCAGAACGGGCUGACGGAAGCCAUCGCCGCAGGCGUGCCAAUGAUCAUGUGGCCCUUCAACGCCGACCAGCCGUCGAACACCGUCUUGGCCACCGACGUCCACAAGAUCGGCUACGAGCUCCUCGAGGUCCGCACCGGCCACGGCCUCAAGAAGAUCUACCGCACGGGCUACACUCCGGUCGGCACUGUUGAUGCUGUCAAGGCUGAGGCGCGUUGGGUUCUCACACAGGCCUUCGGAGAGGACGGGAAGGAGAAGCGCGCACGGCUCCCGGCGAUCAGGGAGGCGUUGCUUGGGGAGUGGAAGGAGGACGGGCGGUCGCGGCGGGAUGUGCUCGCGUUCUUGGAGAGCCUGUAG